AUCUCAGUGCUGGCGGUGGCGGACACGGUGAGGACCUGCUCCCUGGACCUGUGCUACGAGUCGUCGCUGUCCCCGGCCACCAGCGAGACCAAGAGGAAGAUGAGCUCCUUCCUCAGCAACAUCAAGGCUGCCGAGGGCCCCACACAGCACGCACUGGGCUUCCGCAAGGCCUUCCACCUCCUCCACAACACCAACAGCAGCCACAGCCCUGGCCCCACAGACAUGGUGAUCGUGUACCUGUCGUCGGGCACCACCUCUCGGGGCGGGUCAGAGGCUGAGAAGGCGGCCACACUGAGUGCCGUGAGCGAGGAGAACAGGCGGCUCAACAACUCCGUCAUGCUGCUCACAUACGCUCUGAUGAACGAGGGCGUGACGGGGCUGAAGGAGCUGGCCUUCCUGCGGGACCUGGCGGAGCAGAACGCGGGGAAGUAUGGGGUGCCGGACCGCAUCGGGCUGCCCGUCGUCAAGGGAACCAUGAUGGUGCUGAACCAGCUCAGCAACCUGGAGACCACCGUGGGCCGCUUCUACACCAACCUCCCAAACCGCAUGAUCGACCAGGCCGUCUUCAGCCUCCCCUACACUGACGAGAUGGGCGAUGGUCUCAUCAUGACGGUCAGCAAGCCCUGCUACUUUGGGAAUAUGCUGCUGGGCAUCGUGGGAGUGGACGUCAACCUGGCCUACAUUCUGGAGGACGUGACGUACUACCAGGACUCGUCUGCCUCCUACACCUUCCUCAUCGACAACAAGGGCUACACCCUGAUGCACCCUUCGCUGACACGGCCCUACCUGCUGACGGAGCCCCCGCUUCACACCGACAUCAUUCACUACGAGAACAUCCCCUGGUUCCAGCCCGUCAGACAUAACAUCCUCAGCCUCCCCCUGGGGAGCCAGAUCAUCAUGGUGCCCGUCAACUCUUCCCUGUCUUGGCACAUCAACCGCCUGCGUGACACCCGCCCCCUCACCUACACUGUCAGCUAUGCCUGGAAACUGAUCCAGGACACGUCCUUUAUCCUGUGUAUUGUGGUGGUGCAGCCCCAGGUGCCUGUCAAACAUCUGAGAAACCUCAACACGGCCCCGAGCAGCAAGUUACUGUACCACAGGCUGGACCUGCUGGGCCAACCCUCCUCCUGCCUGCACUUCAAACAGCUGGCCACGCUCGAGAGCCCAACCGUCAUGCUGUCCGCUGGCAGCUUCUCCUCGCCCUUCGAGCACCUGAGCCAGGCCGAGACCAAGCGCAUGGUGGAGCAUUACACCGCUUACCUGAGCGACAACACUCGCCUCAUCGCCAAUCCCGGCCUCAAGUCCUCUGUCAGGAGUGAAGUCAUGGCGACCAGCCACGUGACGGAUGAAUGGAUCUCUCAAAUGGAAGUGAGCGAACUCAACAGCUACAUCGUCAGACGUUACAUAGCCACGCCCAAUGGUGUGCUCCGCAUCUACCCCGGCUCCCUCAUGGACAAGGCCUUUGAUGCCACUAGGAGGCAGUGGUAUCUGCACGCCAUGGCCAACCCGGCUCUCAUCACCUUCACCGGCCCCUACUUGGAUGUUGGGGGUGCUGGUUACGUGGUGACCCUCAGCCACACCAUCCACUCCUCCAGCUCUCUCUCGGCCCCCGGGCACGCAGUGGCUGUCAUGGGCAUUGAUUUCACCCUGAGGUACUUCUACAAGGUGCUGCUCGACCUGCUGCCCGUCUGCAACCAAGAUGGCGGCAACAAGAUCAGGUGCUUUAUAAUGGAGGACAAAGGUUACCUGCUGGCACACCCCACACUGAUUGACCCCAAAGGCCACGCUCCGGUUGAGCAACAGCACAUCACACACAAGGAGCCGCUGGUGGCCAAUGAUAUUUUAAACCAUCCCAACUUCGUCAAGAAAAAUCUGUGCAACAGUUUCAGCGACCGGACGGUGCAGAGAUUCUACAAAUUCAACACCAGCAUCGUGGGAGACCUGACUAACCUGGUGCACGGCAGCCAUUGUUCCCGGUACCGGCUGAUACGCAUCCCCGGCACCAACACCUUCCUGGGCCUCGUCAACGAGACCUGUGAUGCCCUCGCCUUCUGUGCCUGCAGCAUGGUGGACAGGCUGUGCCUCAACUGCCACCGAAUGGAGCAGAACGAGUGCGAAUGCCCCUGUGAGUGCCCAUUGGAGGUCAACGAAUGUACUGGCAACCUGACCAACGCUGAGAACAGGAACCCGAGCUGUGAAGUUCACCAGGAGCCGCUGACGCUGGCAGCCUUUGACCCCACGCUGCAGGAGACCCUCCCCCAGUGCAUCAACACCCGGUGUCGGGAGAGAGCGUCCAGCGGGGAAUGCAUCGGUUUGCUGGACUGCGAGUGGUGUAUGGUGGAGAGCGAUGGCAAAACCCACCUGGACGAGGCGUACUGUGCCUCCCAGAAGGAGUGUUUUGGGGGGAUCGUGGGAGCCAACAGCCCUUAUAUGGACGACAUGCUCGCCCUGGGUGACGAGGUCAUUGCCCUGAACAUGAUAAAGAGCGCCCCCGUGGGGCCGGUGGCGGGGGGUAUUAUGGGAUGUAUCAUGGUGCUGGUGCUGGCCGUCUACGCUUACCGUCACCAGAUCCACCGCAGGAGCCACCAGCACAUGUCACCGCUCGCGGCUCAGGAGAUGUCGGUGCGAAUGUCCAACUUGGAGAACGAGCGAGACGAGCGAGAUGAAGACAGUCACGAGGACCGAGGAAUCAUCAGUAACACCAGGUUUAUCGCGGCUGUGAUUGACCGACACGCGCACAGCCCGGAACGCCGUCGCCGGUACUGGGGCCGGUCCGGCACAGAGAGCGACCACGGCUACAGCACCAUGAGCCCACAGGAGGACAGCGAGAACCCGCCCUGUAACAAUGACCCACUGUCGGCCGGGGUGGACGUGGGCAACCACGAAGAGGAGGGGGAGCUGGAGGCCCCGCCCCAGACCACAGCCCUGCUCAGCCACAAGCCCGGUCCCUACCGGCUCCACCAACACCAACACCAGCACCAGCUCCAGCUCCACCACCUACAGGCUGCCGUCACGGUGCACACUGUGGACGCCGAGUGCUGAGACCACCCACCCCGCUCCUCCUCCAACCCCCACCGAGACCACCAACACUACCGAGACCACCACCCACCACUUGAUCGCAAGGAAUUCCGAGGAUCUCCUUGGUGUGUUUUCUUCUCCUUCCAAACCACCCCCCCCCUCCCUAAAAACACAAUCCAAACGGGGAUUGGGGUUGGAAAAACAAGGAUCCACGGGGAAAAUGAUCGGAACAGGAUUUUCCAGGAUUGGGAUUGGGACUGGAGGUGGGAAACGGACUUGGCAGGCAGCUCAGAUUUUUUUUUAACACAAUAAAGGAUUAUUUUUCUACUAUUUAUUGAACUUUUGUUUGGACGGGACAAAAAAGCCAAGACUUUUUUUCCUCGUGGGGAAGAGGAG